AAGAAAGAAAAAGAAGACCAAUGACUUUGCAUAGCCAAAGACUUUAACUCUCUACUACAAGCUUCAAUCUCUUGUGUUUGAUACCCUGGUAACCAUUGCUAUCUAUGGCUGAAUCAUUCCUCUUCUGCAUUGCCGAAUCACUGAUAGCAAAACUUGCUUCUUGGGCAUAUGAAGAAACUUCCAUGGUGCUGGGUGCAUACAAAGAUCUUCGAGAGUUUACACGAACUCUAUCAUACCUCAAAGCAGUGCUGUUAGAUGCAGAUCAGAAGCAGGAAGACAACCAGGAGCUUCAGGAAUGGCUGAGGCAGAUCAAACUCGUCUUCUCUGAUGCUGAAAACGUGUUGGAAGAACUGGAGUAUGAAAACCUUAGAAAGAAACAUGGCAUUGACAGUAACAAAAUCAAGGUAGGACAGUUCUUCUCAAAUUCCAAUCCAAUUGUUAUCCGUCAUAGGAUUGCUAGAAAGAUCAAAGAAAUCAAGAAUGGAUUAGAUAGAGUAGCAGCUGAUAGGCAUAAGUUUGGUCUAAAAAUCAUUGAUGUUGAUGGAAGAGUGGUGCAUAAGAGAGAAAUGACAUACUCCCAUGUUGAUUCAGAUGUGAUUGGAAGGGAACAUGAUAAAGAAAACAUCAUAAAGCUUUUGCUUUUGCAUGGUAAUGAUAGAACUCUCUCUGUUAUCCCCAUUGUGGGGAUUGGGGGUUUGGGAAAGACCACACUUGCAAAGCUUGUGUUUAAUGAUAGUAGGAUGGAUGAGUGUUUUGAGUUGAAGAUGUGGGUGUGUGUUUCAGAAGGCUUUGACGUCAAGCAAUUGAUUGUUAAGAUAAUUAAUUCUGCUAAUGAUUCUAGUUCUGCUGAUACUCCUGUUCACCACCAACAAAAAUUUAAAGAUUUGGAUAUCGAGCAGCUGCAGAAUCGUCUCAGGAAGAAACUUAGAGGUCAGAAGUUCCUUCUGAUCUUUGAUGAUGUGUGGAAUGGAAGCCGUGUUGAAUGGGUUCGGAUGAGAGAUUUAAUACAGGUAGGUGCUGUUGGGAGUAAAAUUGUAGUGACUACUCGUAGUCACAAUAUUGCUUCCAUGAUGGGCACCCUUCCAUCUCACAUUUUGGAAGGGCUUUCUCCAGAGGAUUCAUUGUCUGUGUUUCUCAAAUGGGCAUUUAAGGAAGGAGAAGAGAAAAAGUAUCCACAUUUGGUAAAUAUUGGGAGAGAGAUUGCAAGAAAAUGCGGAGGAGUUCCUUUGGCGGUGAGAACACUAGGGAGUUUACUAUUCUCAAAAUUUGACACAAAUGAGUGGGAAUAUGUGAGGAACAAUGAAAUUUGGAAUUUACCGCAGAUAUCUGGAGAUAUUUUACCUGCUCUUAAGUUAAGCUAUGAUCAAAUGCCAUUCUAUUUGAAACAAUGUUUUGCUUUGUUCGCCCUUUACCCGAAGGAUUAUACAUUUGAUAGUUUUGAUGUAACAUCUCUUUGGGGGGCACUUGGUCUCCUUCCAUCACAAAAGGGAAAUCAGAUAUUGAAAAAUGGUGCGAAUCAAUAUUUGUAUGAACUAUUGUCAAUAUCUUUUAUUCAAGAUUUUGUGGACUAUGGGAUUGGUUUUACUUUUAAAAUGCAUUAUUUGGUGCACGAGCUUGCUAAAUCUGUUGCAUUUGGAGACUGUCUUCUCACAGAUUACUCUCUUGAAUGUAUGGACAGUGUGGCCAGGGGAGUCCGUCAUCUGUCUUUUCGUAAAGAUGUUUUGGGUGGUGAAUUUGGUGUUCAGAGAUUAUCAGGUGUGAGAACCAUACUAUUUCCUAUUGCUGGAGUUGGAUCCCACAACAAAGCUUUCCUGGAUGCAUUCACCACAAGCUGCAAACACUUGAGAUUUUUGGAUUUAAGUGAUUCUACAUAUGAGACUUUGCCUUUGUCCAUUGGCAAGUUGAAACAUUUAAGAUUUCUAAGUCUUGAGAAUAAUACAAAAGUUAAGACACUUCCAGAUUCCAUCUGCAACCUCCUGAAGUUGGAGGUAUUGAUACUUAUUGGGUGUACACAGCUUGAAACACUGCCUAAAGGUUUAAGAAAAUUGAUUAGUCUUCAACAUUUGGAGAUAACAACAAAGCUAUGUGUUUUACCAGAGGAUGACAUUGAAAACUUGAGUUCUCUAAAAACUCUCAAAAUUGAAUGUUGCGACAAUCUGGAGUCUUUGUUUGGAGGGAUAAAACUCCCUAAUCUGAGAGCAUUGUGUGUUGCUAACUGCAGGAGUCUAAAGUCUUUGUCACUUGAUAGUGAUCAUUUUCCUGCAUUAGAGACUUUGUUAGUUGACAACUGUGACAUGUUGAAAUUGGCAGAGGUACAAGAGGGGCGAAACUCCAAUUCGAGGUUGAAGGUUUUAACUUUUGUUUCUUUGCCACAGUUGGUGACCUUGCCUCUUUGGCUUCAAGGGUCCAUGACAACAUUACAAUUCUUGUCAAUUUCAAGCUGCAACAGUCUUGUGGUGCUUCCUGAGUGGCUUUCAGCUAUGAAUUGUCUGAAAACACUUUGUAUCACAGAUUGCCCUAAUGUGUUGUCUCUUCCCAAUGACAUCCAUGGCCUUCCCACCCUCGAGCGUUUAGAAAUUCAUGGUUGUCCGGAAUCACUUGGAAAGUCUCAGCUGCAAGUUGGAGAGUCUUCACACAAACCUUAAACCAUGGAUGAAUAGAAGAACUGGAGAGGAGGAAGAAGAAUUGGAGCAAGAGAAAAAGGUAGAGUGUAUGAUUGGAGGAAGGAAUAGUUGUUUCCCUACUUGAAGAGAAGGAAGGGCACACAAUUAAAGGCCUGCAGUACAAAACUACAGAUGAUUCCCACUUAUCUCUAUCAUGGUUUCUUAGCUGAAGUGGUCAAAGCAGCAUCAGGACAAUGCCAAAUAGAUAGAUGCAAGAGAGUAGCUUCAUAUCCUCCUCCAUGAGCCAUUCUGAUGGCAAAUGCAUUCAACUUGCACCAUCCUCUACCGGGAGGGGAAUGACUACAUCAUUAUCUGAUAUAGAAGUGCUGCGAAUUGCGAAAUCUUCUCUGGCCUUUGCAUGUCCUGAAUGAUGCACCCAACCUUUGCCAACACCUUGAAUCCUUGUAUAUCUUGAGUUAGCCUUUACAAGGUAUUUUGCUUAUUCUCCAAAGUGUCGUCUCGUUGCUUUCAGGGUUAAACCCACAGCUCCUGCUUCUGUUUCCUACAACUGUUCCAGCUUACUGUAGAACACCUCAGCUGUAUAAAACUGAAUAGCAGUGAACAAGUCAGGUCAAGGUGUCCUCAAGAUGAACUAGAAUUGUUUUCCAUCCUUCAGAAAUCAGAAGGAUUCAAUUGACACAUCCGUAAACAUUGUAGCUUCAGUGUGUAUUCUUGGUACUUGAAGAGUCAAUAUUUAGAUGUAUCAAAUGAUCACUUCUAAGAAUUUGUAACUGCUUCAAGACUAUCUUCACAGGGAUGGUUUGAAAGCAUUACUCUUUUGCACAUAAAAAACAUAAAUGCAGCUCAGAUGAUAAUAUCCUUGCAAAGAAA